GCUUAUCAUACAGAUGCAGCUCCCUUCUUCAGCCAGCGCUCGCCCUCCUCCUCUCUCAUAUUCUCACACACUCCCUCCUCUUGUCAGCCCUCUACUCUCCUUCAGAUUCCUCACCCAGCCAAUCAGCAGGCUUAGUGGGGGCAGGGCGUAGCAGAAAGACCAUUCCAGUGCAGAGCUGUAUCAUCUCCCUAGAGCUAACCGGGAGCUAGCAACUGAGAGGGGAGAGGCAGAGUAAAACCUAGCCUGUGUGUGUGUGUGUGUUUGUUUGCGUGUGUGUGUAUGAGAGAGAGAGAGAGGCGGUGAGUGCUGCGUGUCGCAGACUAGCAGGCACGGCUACUGGACCUUUUUCCUUUUAACCUUGCCUUGCCCAGCUGCUCAGCUCAGGCCUGCUGCCUCUUUCACUCCAGGUCGGACGGAUCAGUGAGGGGGGGAGAGGAGUAAACUUGCGCAAGGCGUCCUUCUUUCACAGGCUCUACUCUGAGAAGCACACGGCAGCUGACAGCUCCUGGGCAGGAUGAUAGCGGCUCAGCUUCUGGCCUACUACUUCACCGAGCUGAAGGAUGAUCAGCUCAAGAAGAUUGAUAAGUACCUUUACUCCAUGCGUUUCUCUGACGAGACGCUGAAGGACAUCAUGGGCCGUUUCCGUAGGGACAUGGAGAACGGACUCGGCCGAGACACGAACCCCACAGCGACGGUGAAGAUGCUGCCCACCUUUGUUCGGUCCAUCCCUGAUGGAUCAGAAAAGGGGGACUUCAUAGCUCUUGAUCUUGGUGGGUCAAACUUUCGGAUCUUGCGUGUCAAAGUGACACAGGACAAGAAGCAGCCAGUUCAGAUGGAGAGCCAGGUUUACGACACUCCUGAUGACAUCAUCCAUGGGAGUGGGACACAGCUCUUUGACCAUGUAGCUGAGUGCCUGGGUGAUUUUAUGGAGAAACAAAAAAUUAAGGAUAAAAGACUACCUGUGGGAUUUACGUUCUCCUUCCCCUGUGUCCAAUCCAAACUGGAUGAGGCCGUCCUUGUGACUUGGACAAAGAAAUUUAAGGCUAAUGGUGUAGAGGGAAUGGAUGUUGUGAAACUUCUCAACAAGGCAAUUAAGAAACGAGGGGACUAUCAAGCAGACAUCAUGGCAGUGGUGAACGACACAGUUGGCACCAUGAUGACAUGUGGAUUUGACGAUCAGCGUUGUGAAGUGGGAAUCAUUAUAGGAACGGGGACAAACGCCUGCUACAUGGAGGAACUGCGUCACAUGGAUCUGGUAGAAGGCGACGAAGGCCGAAUGUGCAUUAACACCGAAUGGGGGGCUUUUGGGGAUAACGGCUCCUUGGAAGACAUUCGUACAGAAUUUGAUCGAGAGAUUGACAGAGGUUCCCUCAACCCAGGAAAGCAAUUGUUUGAGAAGAUGGCCAGUGGAAUGUACAUGGGAGAGCUGGUUCGACUCAUCCUAGUGAAGAUGGCCAAGGAGGGGCUCCUGUUUGAGGGAAGAAUCACUCCUGAGCUUCUGACCAAAGGAAAGAUCGAAACAAAGCAUGUUUCUGCCAUAGAGAAGACUAAAGAAGGACUGAAGAAAUGUAUGGAGAUCCUGACCAGACUUGGUGUGGAACCAUCAGAUGAAGAUUGCCUGGCAGUCAGGCAUGUAUGCACCAUUGUGUCCUUCCGCUCUGCAAAUCUGAUUUCUGCGACUCUGGGAGCUAUCCUCUCACGCCUAAAGGACAACAAAGGAGUUGGACGCCUUCGCACGACUGUGGGAAUUGAUGGUUCUCUCUACAAAAUGCACCCUCAAUACGCCCGGCGCUUGCACAAGACCGUACGUCGUUUGGUUCCAGACUCUGAUGUCCGCUUCCUGCUGUCUGAAAGUGGGAGUGGCAAAGGUGCCGCCAUGGUGACAGCAGUGGCCUACCGUUUGACCGACCAGGCGCGCCAGAUUCAGGAGACUUUGGCAGAGUUCAGGCUGAGCAAAGGUCAACUGCUGGAGGUGAAGAAACGCAUGAGAAUGGAAAUCGAAAGAGGCCUGAAGAAGGACACCCACAAGGAGGCGACAGUCAAAAUGCUGCCUACAUUUGUUCGGAGUACACCAGAUGGAACAGAAAAUGGAGAUUUUCUAGCUUUGGACCUUGGAGGAACAAACUUCCGUGUGCUUUUGGUUAAGAUUCGCAGUGGGAAGAAGCGCACAGUAGAAAUGCAUAACAAAAUCUACGCCAUUCCCAUAGAAGUCAUGCAGGGCACAGGAGAGGAGCUUUUUGACCACAUUGUGCACUGCAUCUCCGACUUCCUGGACUACAUGGGAAUGAAAAGCGCUCGACUGCCGCUGGGUUUCACCUUCUCCUUCCCCUGUCACCAGACCAGUCUGGAUGCAGGUAUCCUGGUAACCUGGACAAAAGGCUUCAAGGCAACAGACUGUGAAGGUGAAGAUGUUGUGGAGCUUCUCCGAGAAGCAAUCAAAAGAAAAGAGCUUGAAGACCCAGAGUUUGAGCUGGAUGUGGUUGCCAUAGUGAACGACACCGUGGGAACGAUGAUGACCUGUGCGUAUGAAGAGCCAACAUGUGAAGUCGGACUGAUUGCCGGCACAGGAAGUAAUGCCUGCUACAUGGAGGAGCUGAAAAACAUCGAAAUAGUGGGAGGCACCGAGGGUCGAAUGUGUGUCAACAUGGAGUGGGGGGCGUUUGGAGACAACGGCUGUCUGGACGACAUCAGGACAAAAUAUGAUCAGGCAGUGGACGAAAACUCACUCAACGAAGGCAAACAGAGAUAUGAGAAGAUGUGCAGUGGAAUGUAUUUGGGAGAAAUUGUGCGGCAGAUUUUGAUUGAUCUGACGAAGCGUGGCUUCCUCUUCCGAGGACAGAUUUCAGAGACACUGAAGACUCGCGGCAUCUUUGAGACCAAAUUCCUGUCACAAAUAGAGAGCGAUCGUCUGGCGCUGCUGCAGGUCAGAGCGAUCCUGCAGCAGCUGGGACUCGACAGCACCUGUGACGACAGUAUUAUCGUUAAGGAGGUGUGUGGAACUGUGUCCCGCCGCGCCGCUCAGAUCUGCGGAGCCGGAAUGGCCGCCGUGGUGGACAAGAUCCGUGAGAACCGAGGACUGGACCACUUGGACAUCACCGUGGGUGUGGACGGCACGCUGUACAAGCUGCACCCACACUUCUCUCGGAUCUUCCACCAGACAGUAAAAGAACUCGCCCCUAAAUGUGACGUUAACUUCCUGCUGUCGGAGGACGGCAGUGGCAAGGGAGCUGCUCUCAUCACUGCCGUGGGCUGCCGCCAGAGGGAGCUAGACGCCCAGCAACACUGAGCCGCUCUGUCCCGUUUGUCCACCACGACUUCCUGCUGAUCACUUCUCACUUGCACAGCCUGAAUCCAUUUCCCCCCAUCGCCAGCCGUGACUCCACCUCUGCCCCACCUGCAGCCAGCGACGUGCUCCACGCAUAGUUUUAAAACCGAAGAUGCAGAUAUUUAUAACUCCAGAGGCUUUAUUAUUUCCCUGUUUGUAUAUUUCCCUUCAUAGAAUAACUCUAAGCUCCUUAGGUGUGCAAUAUUUGUGUCGCUGAUUUUAUUUUUAUAUGGAGGCAGAUAUUUAACUGUUUAUACAGCCACUUUAGGUCCAAGGAUGUUGCGCCAUAAACUAGCAAACGUGUGCACUUUUUAUAUGAGAGCUACAGCGGAAGCGUUUCGUGUAAUUUACAAAUUAAAAAAUGAAUUGUGAAACUUGUUUUCAACAGGUUCAAACAACAGCUUUACAAGGACUGGCUAAAUUCACCACACAAGCACAAAAUCCUACCAAGUAUUUUUGCUCUACUUUCUAGCGAACAAUGGAAAUGAGACAAAACUAACGUCACUCAAAUUUUAUUUGUAUGGAACGUUUCAUAAAAACACAAAAAUACAAAGUCAUAGAACAAACAGUCAAUAAUUGAAGCGUUACAUUUUCUCAUCGUUAUUAAUGUUUCAUUGAUUGUUAAUCAAAACCAACUCUAAACAGGUUUUGGUCUGGAUUUAAAGGAGCUCAGUGUUUUGGCUGUUUUGCAGUUUUCUUUAAGUGUGUUCCAGAUUUGUGGUGCAUAGA